UUUCGUUUGGUUAGUUUCGUUUCGUUUAGAUCGUUACAGAUUUUCUUCGUAUUAACUAUACUUACUACACAUGCUUAAAUGCUGGAAAUAUUUUUGUGAAUUUGCUAGACCCGCUUUUAAUGAAUUACUACUCCGUUAUCAACGAUUUACGAGCGUGCAUGUCAUACGUAUAUAGAUAAACAGUCUGUAUAUACACGUAAUACACGUGUACAUAUAGUGUCGGAGAGGAAAUUCAUAAAAGCGUUUGUUCCUUAUCUCGAGACGGCCACCUGUUGUGUUAUCACGUUUUAUCACGGGCAAAAUUUUAUAAAUUAUAAGUAUAUGGAAGAAAAAUACUCGUAUGUUGUUCGCUCUGUUUGAUGGAACGUGUUUCGAACUAGCAGCAGGUUAGUUCAAGACCGCCUCUGUGGACACCCUAUUCGUAAAUCGUAAAUAUAAUAAGGGGGGAGGGUAGAAUUGAACACGCGUAAAUUUCAAGCCCCGUGUGUUUGUUCAUCACCUGGUCUUACAUUACCUUUCGCUGAUUAGAAGAGAUUAAAUUUUUUAUCAGCUCCGGGAUACCACCGACGUUGGUUAGAUAUCUUAUUCCAAACUUCAUUACCCUGUUGAUGAACGUUCGUCGUGUUCGCGUUAAAGUAGCACGUCAGAAGUCAGAACGACGGAAUCUAAUCUAUAAGGAUAAGUGAUCUUAUUAUAUUCGGAUUGGUGACCAGGAAGCGAGCAACGCGUGACUGCGUUACGAGUUACGAGGAUUGCGAGUCGUGACACGUGUCCUGUAUCUACGUUACUUUCAAACUGAUGAGUGAUUAGCAGAUAACGUGGAGGAGGUUUAGCGUUAAGAGCGGGCCAUGGAGGAUAGAACGAGUAGCGGUGAUCAAGCCGCCGAAGAUGCCGAAAUGCGAUACGCUGACGACGAAAGGUACAACGACGAUACCUGCAGCGGGAGACAGGAUUUUUUACUUCCUAGCGCAGAGUCGCGUUCACCGAAAAUAUCGAUCGAAUAUAUAAAAAGGCCCGAUAUGAGUCGGUACAACCCAGCGCUCAGAAAUCUUAUACCGAUACGUAACAAAAAACAAGACGGGGAAACUAUGCCAGCCGACAGCGCUGGAUUAUUUUCAUACAUUUUUUAUACAUGGAUGACGCCGUACAUUUGGAAAGCGUAUAAAAAGGGCGUCAGCACCGCUGAUAUACCGCGUAUUUCUAUUUACGAGACGUCCAGGUACAAUGCGCACAGAUUGGAUGUGCUUUGGCAGCAGGAGUUGAACGAUCGUGGCCCAGACUCGGCAUCGUUCUCGAGAGCUGUAUGGAGAUUCGUCAGAACGAGAGUGUACAUAGCUGGAUUUCUGUUGAGUUGCUCCACGCUCUGUGGAUUCGUUACUUCUAUGAUAUUGAUGAAAAAAGUUCUGGAACACGUUCAGUCUCCGGAGCAAGAUGCGUGGACAGGCGUAAAGUGGGCGCUUCUGUUACUGUUCUGCGACGUUCUACGAAUAAUAUUCUUCAACUGGACUUGGAACACCAAUAUUAGGACGGCGUUGAGAGUAAAGUCGGCCUGCACGAGUCUCCUCUACAAGAAGAUCGUUCGACUGAACAGCUACGGAAAUAAAAGUACUGGAGAAUUGACUAAUCUAUUUACUAACGACAGUCAGAGAUUGUUUGACGUAGUCAUUUACGGGCCGAUGAUAAUCAGCGGCCCUAUAAUCAUCGUUUGCGGUAUAGUUUACAUACUGUGGGUGUUCAGUCCUCUAGCACUUCUGGGAAUAUUCACGUUUCUCGUAUUUUAUCCUUGUCAGUAUCUCAUAUCACGCCUAGUCGGAUAUUUCCGCUCCAAGACUGUUGCCAUUACAGACUCACGAGUCAAACUGAUGAACGAAAUCUUGGAAUCCAUCAAAUUAAUUAAAAUGUGUUCGUUGGAAAAGUAUUUUAGUCAUAAACUUCUUAGUAUACGAAGCAAGGAGAAAAGCUGGCUGCAUAAAAUUGUAUAUUUCCAAAGCCUUGCAAUCUCACUGACGCCAGCUGUACCCAUGAUAUCGGCGAUCAUUACGUUUUUAGCCCACCUAUCUUCGGGCAGCACGUUGACUGCCGCUCAGGCCUUCCCAAUUACCACGUAUUUUGGAAAUAUGCUGAGAAUGGCACUGGCCUCUCUUAAGGAUUCUACACGUUAUUUUGUCGACGCUCGUAUUGCUCUUACAAGAAUGAAGGUGUUUCCUUUCGUAUCAUUGCUCAAUCAAUUUCGUACUUCUUUCAUGUUUUUACAAGUGGCAUUAGUUAAUAUCGCUGAGUCGCGUAUAACGCUCAACAGAUUACAGACUUUACUGCUUCUGGAGGAGCACAAAUGCCAUGUAUCGAAACCGAUCGUGAAAUCGCAAGCCGUAGCAAUCGUUAAUGGUACGUUCGUUUACGAAAAUGCUACCUUGCACGCUAGAAAACCAAAAACUGUUAAAGAGAAGAAGAAAGCUGCGUCGUGUUCGAACAGCAAGAUCGAGUUAGAAAAACUGAACGAACCGCCUGAACGGACGACAGAAGAUGUAAAAGUUCUGUUCGAAAUUGAAUUCGGGGCUAGGAAAGGUGGACUGGUAGGAAUCUGCGGGCACGUCGGGAGCGGGAAAUCCAGUCUGCUUCUCGCCGCCUUGGGACAAUUGAAGAUGACGAGCGGUGGUCAUGUUUCAAGGGAAGGUUGUUGCGCGUACGUGAGCCAACAGGCAUGGAUCGUUAACGCGACUUUCAGGGAGAACAUACUGUUCGGGAACCAGUUCGAUGCUAGACGGUAUUAUCAAGCGUUAACGGUGUGCAGUCUGAAGGAAGAUUUGAACGUGUUACCAGGUGGUGACGAGACCGAGAUCGGGGAGAGAGGUGUAAAUUUGUCAGGUGGACAAAAGCAGAGAAUCGCCCUUGCCAGAGCCUUCUACGCGAACAGAGACAUUUAUUUCCUGGACGAUCCCUUGAGCGCGCUGGACGCGCACGUGGCUUCGUACAUUUUUAAGAACUUGAUUCUCGACGCGCUCAAAGACAAAUGCGUCGUGUUCGUUACUCAUCAGAUUCAGUUCCUCAAGCACUGCGAUCACGUCUACUUAAUGUGCAAGGGUAGGAUCGCGGAACAGGGUACGCACGACGAGUUGAUGCAACUGAACAAAGAGUAUGCAGCGAUGAUGAACAGCGCGUUAUUAAAGACGAAGAACGACUCGGAUAAUGAGAGUUCCACGAUCGUUCGACAAAAGUCCGGCAGAGACUCUAGCAACGAUCUGAAGGGACAACGACAGGUACACGGCUGUUCGAGUAACGAUGAAAAUGCAGAUGAACCGUCGAAAAAGACGCGCGGCGAAGGGACGACUCUUACCACGCGAGAAAAGAUGGAGACGGGUACCGUGAAAUCGUACACGUAUCAUGUGUACGUAAAAGCAGCGGGUGGUUACUCUGUAGCCGCCUUAGCGAUGUUCGUGGUUUUCUUGAACGUUGGAAGCAACGCGUUCAGUUCUUGGUGGCUGGCCGAGUGGAUCAACGCCGGUGGUGGGAACAUUACCGAUCCCGGUACCAAUGAAACCGUAGUAUCGGACAAUCUGAACGACAAUCCGAACUAUCAUUAUUAUCAAAGCGUUUAUGCCGGAUGCAUCGGGAUCAUUUUGGUAACGAGUAUAUUCCGCGGAUUGGUCAUUAUGUACACGACGAUAAACGCGUCGACCACGUUGCACAAUAACGUUUUCAAAAAGAUGAUCGAAUCGACGGUAACAUUUUUCGAGACCACUCCGAUUGGCAGGAUACAAAAUAUAUUUAGCCGCGACACGGACGAGGUGGACAGUUAUAUACCGAUAUCUGUAGAGAACAUGGUGCAAAACAUUUUCACUUGCGCGUUCGCUCUUAUAUUCAUAUGUGCGAUAAUUCCCUGGUUCUGUUUCCCCUUGAUCCUCCUCGCCGCGAUUUUUUUUUACAUCAGCAAAGUGUUCAGAGUAGCAAUGAGAGACUUCAAGCGGCUGGAGAGUACUUCGCGAUCGCCCGUUUUGAGCUUCGUCACGACCACCGUUCACGGUUUAAACACCAUCCACGCGUUUCAGAAGGAGCGUGAAUUCGUGAAUAAAUUCGACGAGAUAUUAGAUUUAAACAGUUUGUGUCUUUAUCUGUGCCAGUCUAUCAUGAGAUGGUCCGCGGUAAGACUCGACAGCUUGGCAAUCGCUUCCUCUUCUAUCACCGCAUUUUUCGUGAUAGCGCUUAGAAACCAAAUACCUCCGGCCAUCGCAGGCCUGGCGAUGGCCUACGCCACGCAGAUGACCGGUGUCUUCCAGUACACUGUGAGGCUGAUGGCUGAAACGGAAACUCGUUUCAUCAGCGUCGAAAGGAUAAACCACUACCUCAAACAUUUGCCAAAGGAAGAAACUGCCGUGGAAGAACCUAUAGAUCCUCCGGAGGAAUGGCCGGCGGAAGGGAAACUGGAGUUCCGUAAAGUCCAAUUAAGAUAUAGAAAAGAACUGCCACCUGUACUGAAUGAUAUCUCGUUCGCCGUCAAUUCUGGAGAACAUAUAGGUAUCGUGGGGAGAACGGGGGCUGGCAAAAGUUCUCUGAUAGUAGCCCUAUUCAGACUGGUCGAGAUCUCUGCAGGAAUGAUAAAGCUCGACGGCGUAGACCUAUCGAGAGUGAAGUUGAAAGUAUUAAGAGACGGAUUGUCUAUAAUUCCUCAGGAUCCAGUUUUGUUCGGCGGAACUAUACGAUCGAAUUUAGAUCCCUUCGACCAGUACAGCGACUCUGAGAUGUGGACAUCUUUGGAGAAGACUCAAUUGAAGGAGAAAGUUCAAGCGAUGUCAGGACAAUUGGACGCGCCCGUCGAAGUUGGUGGAAACAACUUGAGCGUCGGCGAACGACAGUUGAUCUGUUUGUCUAGAACGCUUUUGCGCAAUGCCAAAGUAUUGAUACUCGACGAGGCAACAGCCGCCGUUGAUCCGGAAACUGAGGCCGCGGUACAGAAUACGAUUCGAAACGAAUUCUCAACGUGCACUGUAUUGACCAUAGCUCAUCGUUUGAAGACUGUAUUUUCGUGCAACCGCGUCAUCCUCAUGAGACACGGCCUCACCAUUGCGAACAUAAUCCCUAUUAUGAUGUUGGGGCGCAAACAGAGCCUCAAGGGGGAACCCGUCUUGGCCGAUUACGGACCAGAAGAGUCCCUCAAUGAGAGCGCUGACAUAGAAUGGGUGAACAAGUUAUGGGUGAGAAGAUUGAUGAGAUCCUGCGCAUUGGUCUCUCUAACUUCCGUUUGCUUGAACACGCCGAGGACUUUUGAAAAAGUUCCGCCACUUCGAUACGUCACCUUCGUUUGCGAUUUGAUCAUCACGUUCCUGUUCACCGCAGAGAUGCUCGCCAAAAUGCACAUAAGAGGUAUAUUGAAGAGGGACAAAGCUUACCUGAAAGAUCAUUGGUGCCAGUUCGACGGCAGCAUGGUGGUCAUCCUGUGGUUCUCCGUAAUUUUACAGAUGUUCGAGACGCUCGGUUUCGUCUCGGAGUUCAGUUACGUGUCGAUUCUGAGAGCACCGCGACCGCUAAUCAUGAUACGCUUCCUACGUGUCUUCCUCAAGUUCUCCAUGCCCAAGGCCAGGAUCAAUCAGAUUUUCAAACGGUCGAGCCAACAGAUAUACAACGUGACUCUGUUCUUCCUCUUCUUCAUGUCUCUCUACGGGCUUCUGGGCGUUCAAUUCUUCGGCGAAUUGAACAACCAUUGCGUUCUCAACACCACGGACUCGAAGCACGUAACUAUAAAUAGUCUAGCUAUUCCCGACACGUUUUGCUCCACCGAACCCGGAUCGGGAUACCAAUGUCCGGAAGGAAUGACUUGCAUGCGGCUCGACUUCUCCAAGUACAUCAUGGGAUUCAAUGGAUUCGACGAGUUUGCCACGAGUAUUUUUACCGUCUAUCAAGCUGCGUCGCAAGAGGGAUGGGUGUUCAUCAUGUACCGCGCGAUCGACAGUUUACCCGCUUGGCGCGCGGUCUUCUACUUCAGCACAAUGAUAUUUUUCUUAGCAUGGCUCGUGAAGAACGUUUUCAUAGCCGUGAUCACGGAGACCUUCAACGAAAUCCGGGUACAAUUCCAACAGAUGUGGGGCGUUCGAGGGCACAUCAGUAACAAGACCGCUUCGCAAAUAUUGACCGGAGACGACAACGGGUGGAAAUUGGUGACUUUGGACGAGAACAAGCACGGUGGACUGGCCUCUCCGAUUUGUCACGCUAUACUACGAUCGCCACAGUUUCGCAUGGUGGUGAUGUGCGCAAUUCUCGCGAACGGCAUCACCACCGCGACGAUGAGCUUUAAACACGACGAGCAACCGAGGCACACGUACUACGACAACUAUUACUACGCCGAGAUCGCGUUCACGGUCUUCUUGGACCUGGAGACGUUGUUCAAAAUCUGGUGCCUCGGGUUUCGCAGCUAUUACAAACACUCGAUUCACAAGUUCGAGCUGCUGUUGGCAAUUGGUACAACCAUACACAUCAUUCCGUUCUUCUAUCUUUCUGGAUUCACGUAUUUUCAGGUUCUCAGAGUAGUCAGAUUGAUUAAGGCAUCGCCGAUGCUUGAGGAUUUCGUCUACAAAAUUUUUGGUCCCGGGAAAAAGCUGGGCAGCCUGAUCAUUUUCACCAUGUGCCUGCUGGUCAUAUCAUCCAGCAUUUCUAUGCAGCUUUUCUGCUUCCUCCGCAACUUCACCAAAUUCGAAACAUUCCCAGAGGCGUUCAUGUCCAUGUUCCAAAUCUUGACCCAAGAAGCUUGGGUGGACGUUAUGGACGAAACGAUGAUGAGGACACACGAGACGAUGGCACCGCUCGUUGCUAUGUAUUUCAUUUUAUAUCAUCUGUUUGUUACGCUGAUCGUGUUGAGUCUGUUCGUCGCCGUGAUCUUGGACAAUCUCGAGUUGGACGAAGACAUCAAGAAGUUGAAGCAGCUGAAAUUCCGCGAGCAAAGCGCGGAGAUAAAGGAAACCCUGCCAUUCAGAUUGAGAAUCUUUGAGAAGUUCCCGGACAGUCCUCAAAUGACCUGUUUGCACAAAGUGCCGUCUGACUUUAAUCUGCCGAAGGUACGCGAAAGCUUUAUGAGACAGUUCGUUUUUGAAAUGGAAACCGACGAGAACGAGGGCGUAAAGAAGAUCAAUGAGACGUUCGACUCGAAAAUGAUCUACAGGAAACAACGUCCAGUAAAGAUUCUGAACGAUCCACCGAAAGUGAGAAACGUUGCGACCAGCCUGAAGAAAGCAGCUGUUACUUACAUCAUAAAUGACUCGAACAAUCAAAGAUUGUUGCUAGGCGAUUCUGCUAUGAUACCGGUGCCGGGUAAAGGUCUUCUAAAGUCACAGGGCACGAUCAGUAGUACCAAGCAAUUGCGUCUCGAUCAGAAAAAGUCGAUUAGGAGAAGCGUUCGUAGCGGAUCGAUCAAGCUGAAGCAAACGUACGAACAUCUGAUGGAGAACGGUGAUAUCGGAGGUAUAAACAGAGUUAGCUCUUCUCGCAGUAGACCGCAUGAUUUGGACAUUAAACUGUUGCAAGCUAAGCGACAACAAGCCGAGAUGCGAAGAAACCAACGGGAAGAAGAUCUGCGAGAGAAUCACCCGUUCUUCGACACCCCGCUGUUCGCGGUGCCGCGGGAAAGUAAAUUCCGUAAGAUUUGUCAGUCGCUCGUUUACGCGAGGUACGACACGAACGUGAAAGAUCCGUUGACGGGUAAAGAGAGGAAGGUUCAAUACAAAAGUUUGCACAACUUCCUUGGGUUGGUCACGUACCUCGACUGGGUGAUGAUCUUCGCCACGACGAUGUCCUGCAUCUCGAUGAUGUUCGAGACGCCGCAGUACCGGGUGAUGGAAGUUCCCGCGCUGCAGAUUACGGAGUACGGUUUCGUGAUCUUCAUGAGCGUCGAACUGACGCUCAAGAUCCUUGCGGACGGACUCUUCUUCACGCCGAAGGCCUACAUCAAAGAUGUAGCUUCCGUCCUAGACGUUUUCAUCUACGUCGUGAGCCUGGUGUUCCUCUGUUGGAUGCCGAGGAGGGUACCGCCAAAUUCCGGUGCGCAGCUUCUCAUGAUCUUGCGUUGCGUCCGACCGCUAAGAAUCUUCACUCUCGUCCCGCACAUGAGAAAAGUCGUCUACGAAUUGUGCAGAGGUUUCAAGGAGAUCUUGUUGGUGUCCACUCUGUUGAUUUUGCUGAUGUUCAUAUUCGCGAGUUACGGUGUGCAGCUUUACGGUGGUAGAUUAGCACGUUGCAACGAUCCGACGAUACUGAAACGGGAGGACUGCGUCGGGGUGUUCAUGAGGAGGGUCUUCGUGACCAAAAUGAAGAUGAAGCCUGGCGAAAACGAGAGCUAUCCAUCCAUACUAGUGCCGCGCGUCUGGGCCAAUCCGAGGAGAUUCAAUUUCGACCAUAUCGGUGACGCACUGAUGGCACUCUUCGAAGUGCUCUCGUUCAAAGGGUGGCUCGACGUUAGAGACGUUCUCAUAAAAGCCCUCGGUCCUGUCCAUGCCGUUUACAUCCACAUCUAUAUUUUUCUGGGUUGUAUGAUUGGUUUGACUCUGUUCGUCGGUGUUGUAAUCGCCAAUUAUUCCGAGAACAAAGGGACCGCGUUGCUCACCGUCGAUCAAAGACGAUGGUGCGAUUUAAAGAAGCGAUUAAAAAUCGCGCAACCGUUGCAUUUACCGCCUAGGCCGGAUGGAAAGAAGUUCAGAGCGUCCAUUUACGAUAUGACACAGAACAUCUAUUUCAAAAGAUUCAUCGCGGUGACGGUGCUCGUAAACAGUGGCCUGCUCUGCGUCUCCUGGAGAAGCGAGGAGGAACUCACGAAAGCGCUCGCUAGGGCGUCCGCGUUUCUGACUCUGAUCUUCGUCAUGGAAGUGAUCAUGAAAAAUAUUGCUUUUACACCACGUGGCUAUUGGCAGUCCAGAAGAAACAGAUAUGAUUUGCUCGUGACAGUCGUCGGUGUCGUUUGGAUCGUCAUGCAUUCCACAAUGAAGUACGAUUUGACAUACGUGAUCGGGUUUAUGGUCGUGAUCCUUAGAUUCUUCACCAUCACCGGGAAACACACGACCCUGAAAAUGUUAAUGUUAACGGUCGGAGUGUCCGUCUGCAAAAGUUUUUUCAUUAUAUUCGGCAUGUUUCUUCUCGUUUUCUUUUACGCGCUUGCCGGCACGAUCAUCUUCGGGACCGUCAAGUACGGCGAAGGCAUAGGCAGGCGUGCCAAUUUUGAAUCGCCCGUCACCGGCGUCGCGAUGCUAUUCCGUAUCGUCACGGGGGAGGACUGGAAUAAGAUAAUGCACGAUUGCAUGAUACAACCGCCGUAUUGCACCCCGGCUGCCAAUUAUUGGGAGACCGAUUGCGGCAACUUUCAUGCUUCCUUAAUUUACUUCUGUACCUUCUACGUGAUCAUCACUUACAUCGUGUUGAAUCUCCUGGUGGCUAUCAUCAUGGAGAACUUCUCGUUGUUCUAUUCCAACGAGGAGGACGCGCUGUUGUCCUACGCCGACAUCAGGAACUUCCAGAACACUUGGAACGUGGUCGACAACCAUCAGAAAGGUUUCAUACCAGUGAAGCGGGUGAAGUUUAUUUUACGGUUAUUGAAAGGCCGACUGGAGACCGAUCCGCAGAAGGAUCGAGUGCUCUUUAAGCAUAUGUGCUACGAGCUGGAAAAGUUGAACAACGGCGAAGACGUCACCUUUCACGAUGUCCUCAAUAUGCUGUCCUAUCGUUCCGUCGAGAUUCGAAAAGCUUUGCAGCUCGAGGAACUGUUAGCGAGAGAGGAGUUCGAAUAUAUAAUCGAGGAAGAGGUGGCAAAGCAGACCAUAAGAAAUUGGCUAGAAGGUUGUCUAAAGAAGAUACGUGCAAGCGGGAAGCAGCAGAACAGUCUCGUGGCAGGCCUCCGCGCGAAUUCCGAACAACAACAACAGCAACAAUUACAGCCUCAGCCUCAGCCUCAAGAGAAGGGCAAAGAAGUGGCCAAGGAAGAGGAGAUAGAGACGAAGCAGGAGGAGGCGAGGCCCAAACCGAAGAAACCGAUGGUACUUCCGAGAUCCGACAGCAUAGGCAGUGGAUCGGGAAGAAAAUUUUUGACGCCCACACUGUCCGAUCCUGCAUCGAUCAGAUCUGAAAAGGACAAAAACGCAGCGGCCAAGAAGAAGAACAACAGGCCACCGCGUGAGCACACUUUCCUACCUAACGUACCGCGCUUGCGUUUCGUCGCAGAGUUUUCUAUCCGAGAAAUAAUCUGCACAGAAACCGCCGAGCAAACCGCGAGACAACAGCGAGAGGCGAUCAGUGCGAAGGCGGCUCAAACGAAACCUUGCAGCGUUAUGCUGGAGGUUCGCGAAUGGUGGAAGGAACAAUUGGCGUACAGCAGUGAGUCCAGCGAAGACGAGGUUUAGACGAACCGUGAUCUCAUUUUUAUAGCGAAUCAUUUUUUCGAAGCGAAACGGUAGUAAGAUGAUUUAUCUUCUACGACUCGAUUAUUUUUUUAUAGACCGUUUUCCAGUGGCGUACGGCUAAGAGAGACGUUAUUUUACUACUGCACGAGGGAAUUGUUGAGAAAUAGGUACUUUCUCGUUCGAGAUCGUCGUCCGCGUCUCUGUACGUUCAUUUAUCGUUUUCCCUCGAUGUUUAAGCUUACCAUCGCAGACACUCAGGUCCCACGUAGAGUAGUAGUAAUCUUUCGUAGAUCGUAACGACGUGUUUCUUGAGGCGAUCCGUUGAUCACGUUACACACAUAUUUUGUGCUCGUUAUCGGUGUUGAAGUAUUAUAAAAUUUCUAUAGAACGAUAAUAUAGAAUUGUGUAGUAAGUUUUAUACAUAAAGAAAAAAAGAGAAUACAUUGAUCAAGCUGUGGAAAUGGUGGCCGAGAUCGUUCUCAAAGUGCGAACAAGAAUGUGUACAAUGAAUCCAAGUAAUCUUCUUUCAGUUACGCUUUCGCUGUGAAAAGUUUGGUCGUAUAAAAGGUGUGACGUGUGAAAAUGAUCGAACUCGAAUCUUAUUAAUUUGUGAGAGUAACAUUACGUCCCAAAGGCCUGCAUUAUAAAUUUAAGAAAGUUACGAUUUUAAUACCGACAAUUGUUAAGCUUUUUACAGCUUAUUGUUAAUGUCGUAGAGAAAAAGAAGAAUCCAUCGAAUAUUGUGGACGAUCAUAAAAUUGGAUGUUAGGUAACAGAUUUUUUAUAACUUGCUGGGCGAACUGUGAAGGUUCCGUAUGGUCGAGUUGAUAAGAAGAAAUUUGUGCCGGCUGGUAUACUUGAGAGGAAGUUUUUCUCUAACCAUGAAAGCGUGCACGAAGGCGUGCCUUCGGUAUACGCGUACAUGAAUGAGACGGCACGAUUAUUAUAUUUAUAUCCGUGUGUCGAGUUAAUUUUAUAUAAGUACAUGUAUACAACGCAACGCGCGUACGUACAAAUUGGGAAACUUAGAGGUGUAAUCGGUACCGUUUCCGGGUACUGUAAUGAAUGUUGAUCAUUGUUGUUAGUUUACGUGCCAACGUUACGCUGUACCGUAAUGCGGAGAGAUAAUAAAUGUUGAUAGAUACAAUUAUA